UUGCAAAGGCAAGCUGUGUAAUGUAAAAUUUAUCGCAUUGCCAGUCAUUAGAUUUCCAGUAACCUCAGCUCAGAUCAGUCGACAUUGCCGAACAGCUCUUUCCACUUUUCCAGUAACCUCAGCUCAGCUGAGUCGGUACUGCCGUAGACUCUACAGCAGAGAAGGCUCCUGUGAAUGAAAUACGGUACUUUCUACCUAGACAAGGACAAUUCCUGGAGUGAACUGGUGAAGAGAGCCGCAGAUACAGAUGCACCAGCCUUGAGCCUUCCAAGCGGAAUAAAUUAGACAAGGAAUGGACAGAGAAUGGACCACUCAUAUGAGAAAGGUAAAGGAUUAAGACGAAGCAGACGUGGACCAGAUGACAUGUCCGACAGUUACAGUGGUACAGAGAGAGUGACCGACUGGGACAGAGGGAGAAGCAAGCAUGACCAUUCCCACCAUGGGGAUGACGGGUCCAGGAGGAGCCAGAGUUUCAGUGAGGACAGUCAUCACCACUGCCAUAGCGAGGGCAGUGGAGGACCCAAAGCUAGGAAACAGAAGGUAAAGAUCUUACAGAGACCACGGCAAACGUCCGGUCAGAGACAUAGAUCAGAUCGUGAUUUGAACUCUGGAUUCAGAGGUUCAUCUCCCGAUGUCAUAGACCUCGAUGAUGUCGGGUCAAGUAGCAGCCAAGAGGUUUCUGGGGCAUCAUCCAGUCAGUAUAUGACUGCAGGACAAGAUCCAAGCCCUCCAAACACCAUGGACGGUGAGAGACAGUCCAACAUGUACGAGACGGAGAAGUGUCCAAAGAGUGUCGGUGAGUUGCUGAAGCCAGAAGUCAGCAGCGAUGCAAGUUGUGCUCAGAAUCCGCUUCUUGGAGGACUUCCUCACUUUGCCAAUCUAGCGGGACUGCAAGCAACAGCAGCCAUCGAUGCGAGUAUCUCUUCCAGUAUUCAGCUUCUUCAGUAUUACCAACAGCAGCAGAUGCUGGCGGCACAUUUUGGAUUGACAGGUUUUGGACAGACUGGCUUGUAUCCUAGCCUACCCCUAGCUCCACCUUUACCUAUGGCAAUGCCCUGUGCAAACUCCCUUCACACACCUUUUCUCCCUUGCUCAUGCGUGACUUGCCAAUCGGCCAUGCUUACUCAGGAUUUGAGCCGGCUGUUGCCUCAGUACGGUCAAACCGGACAGUAUGCACCACCGAUGCCCACCUUGCCAGUGCCUCAGCAACAAGGGUUGGUUCCCCCUCAAAGCCAGGACGUUCAGGCCCUCCUCAGACUCCUGCACCAGAAUGAUGGACAUGACGUCCAAGCAGUGAUGCCGCAGAGCUGCCAGGAGUGUGCAUGUGAGACAGAGUGCAAUGCUGCCCCGUUCCAUGUCCCUCAUGCCAACAAAGAACCUCCGCCACCAGUUGUGUCAUCCAACCUUCCAAUGGCUCAGCGCCCACCGUCCAACCACUCGCACCAGGGUAUACCAUUUAGUCCCUACAGACAGAGCGGAGAUUUACCAUCUGGUUCAGGAGCUGGCAACAACAUGACACCCCUGAGACAAGCCAUGACUAGCACCCUAUGCAGUAGCCCUCUGCAGUCCCUUAUAACUCAGCUCAAUGAAAGCGGACUGUCAGCAGUCAGUGCCAUCCAGUUCCAGAGCCCUGACAAGCACAAUACUUCCAAAGCUGAGGAGAACCCACCCAUUGGAGUCUUCUGGGACAUAGAGAACUGCGCUGUCCCAAGAGGAAAGUCUGCUCUGGCCGUUGUUCAGCGCAUCAGAGACCAGCUCUUCAUUGGACAUCGGGAAGCAGAGUUCAUGUGUGUCUGUGAUAUCAACAAGGAGAGCAGCACUAUCAUACAGGAGCUUAAUGACUCACAGGUGACUGUAGCACACAUCAAUGCCACUGCCAAGAAUGCAGCUGAUGACAAACUCAGGCAGAGCCUUCGGAGGUUUGCUGACACCCACAGCUCACCAGCAACAGUUGUACUCAUUUCAGGUGAUAUCAACUUUGCUCAGGAUCUGUCUGAUCUAAGGCACAGGAAUGGACUGAAUGUGAUCCUGGUCCAUGGUCUAGCCGCCUCUGAGGUUCUCAAGACCUGUGCUAACAAGGCUUACAGAUACGAUGAACUCCUUGCUGACCUUCCCUUUAGGUCACCCUCAAAGAGCAUUAUUGAGAGCUCUGAGCUGGUGAUUCACAACCUUCCACUAAGGAAGGACCCGGGAAUCAUCAGGACCCGUCUCAAGCAACUCUCCGACAACUGUGGUGGCAAAGUGGGCAACAUUGUCAACACUACAGCGUUUAUCAAGUUUCCUAGCCAUGAGAUCGCCUGCAGAGCUAAGAAAAGACUGGAGAAGGAGAGUGUGUAUGGCAACGUCAUCACCACGUCCUUCUGCCGCAUCAAUCGAAAUGGCUACGGGAGUCCCAGGUAUGGGAGGAACAACGUCAGAUGGGACAAUGACAGGAGCUGGAGAGACGGACAGGAAGAGGUCUCUAGUCAUGAUUCUAGUAGCAGCCAGGGAACAAGCGAGAACCAGAAAGCGGAGCCAAACAUUCCAAGCAUCAAGACAUACACAGGCCCCGCCCCCAAACCAAUCCCCGUCUCGGUCGCCAGUCAGAGGGAAUGCACAAGCCCUCUGGGUGCGGGCAAGACGGACAUGAAAGUCAGCAGUGGCCUUGCAGCAGCGUUCCGUCCUAUCCAACCCACCUCCUCAGCCCCACCCUCCUCUGCCGCUUCUCCUCGCAACACCCCGACCCCUCCCAACUGCGAAGGCAUCAACCUGGUCAUGGACGGGGCAGCCAUGAGAUCGUACCCCGCCCGAAGGCACCAGCAGGAUGCUGACCCCCUACUGUCAAACAGGGCGCAGUCAGAAUGGAAGCCCCUCAUCCCCACGCCUCCUCCCAUGGAAACACAUAGUUCCUACGGCUGUGAUGCGUUCAGGCCGAUACCGUCGGUCCAGAGGAUGGCAGGGGCUCCUGGAUCUCACCUGCAUUUCAGGAAAGAUGGCACGCCUGGUAACCCAUAUCUCAAGGGAUCAUAUAGAGCCCCAUCUCCCCUGAUGGUCACCAGUAAGCUGAAACCCAGCUGGCAGCAGCAGCAGCAGCUCCAGGGUGGUGGAGCCAUGGGGUUAGCUCCAGGGGUCAAACCCUGGACCCCCAUGCCCGGUAUUGACCUCCUCAUCACAAACCUAGACUGCCAGAUCACACGCAAAGAGCUCAAGCGCCACCUGGUGGCAGCCAUCAGUGAGCAUUGCAAGGUCCUGCAUGUGUUCCUGGCAGCCCCUGCUCAAGGUUAUUUCCAGGCCGUUGUGAGGGUGCCCUCUAUGGGCGAUGCUAUUGGAGUCCUGGCCAAUGUCAACCGUCGUCAGAUCGGUUCCAGACUCGUUCACAUCUCCAUUAUGCCUCCAGGCGAUUCUAAUGCAGACAGACUGAGGAUGAUGAUCAUCCAGAUGCUGCAGGAGAUCCCAGGAAUGAGCAUGCCUCUCUAUAAACUCAGACAAGCCUUUGAAAACAAAUACCAGCAGCAGCUCCAUGUAAGCGACCUCUACCAGAUUCCUGACACAGUCACCAUGCAAGAGACACAUGGUGGAAAGCUUGUUUGUCUGACCGUGCUCAGCGCAUCCAACUCUCCCGUACCCGGCAGUUACAACUCUCCCCUCGGCUGGCAGUCUCCUUCCAUCCCAUUUAUACCACAAAGAGAGCCGAGUCCAGAGCCAUCAGAGCGUUUCUGCAGUCGACACGACCCUGAAGGUCAGAGCCAGUACAGAUUGCUUGACACUGAUCUCUGUGUGAUGGUGGCCUAUCAAACCUUCGCUGCUCAGGUCACGACCCUGCUAAACCUUCACAGUGGUUCUUUGUCUCUCCUAAGCUUCCCUCUGUGCUACAAAGCAGAGUUCAAUGACCUUGAUGAGGACUUUGAAAAGGGGAUUCCCCUGGAGCACCUGCUCAACUCGGUCCCAGGUGUGAGGGUAGCCUUCUGCAGGGAAGGCUUCAAGGUCAUCUGCUGGAGCCAACAGAAAGAGGAGAUCAUCACUGAUGAUGGGCAGCAGAUUUUCCCGCCUCUGCUAGGGCGUACCACACCCCUCCUUCCUCCGGCCCUGUUCCAGUUCAGCAAGGAGGUCGUAGAGCUCCUGAAACACUCCACCAAAUGUCGUCUCCCGUUCACCCGCUUUGUCCCCGCCUAUCACCAUCACUUUGGGAGGCAGGUUCGGGUGGCGGACUAUGGCUACCUCAAGCUGAUUGAGCUCUUUGAGGCAAUCUCUCAUGUCCUGGAGAUCCUUGGUGCUACUGAGAACAAGACCCUGACCUUGACCCAUCGUGCUCAGGUCAAGAGGUUCGGACAAGAUCUUCUCAAGGUGCUCAAGUCACAGGCCAGUAAGAAGGUGGUCAUCAAUGACUUUGCCCCUGCAUUCCAGAGAUGCCUCGGUCGUCCAUGGGAGACCGCUGAUUACGGCAUCUGUGACAUCCAGGACCUACUCUUUGACCUCCCUGAGAACUGGGUCACUAUUGAAUGGGACGGUGAUAACACAGUGAUAUCAAUUCCAAAAAGAGAGCAAACAGAGGAGGAGUGUAUACGAACGAAGAAGUUUACCAGGGAGAUCGUCGACCUCCUGAGCCGACAGCAUCGAUCUCGCAUCACGUUUUCCAAGUUCAUCCCCGCCUACCACCAUCAUUUUGGCAGGCAGUGUCGGGUUGGGGAGUAUGGAUUCAACAAGCUGGCUGAACUGCUGGGGGCACUGCCAGAGGUGGUGCAGAUUGAAGAGUACGGUGACGAGCGCAGCGUCCAGCUGACGGAGCCUGAGCGUCUUGCUGUGAUGGCCCGUCGCAUCUCCCAGCUGGUGCCCAGGAAUCGCCAACACUCCCUGGCCCUCCAUGCCCUGCUACCAGCCUACUGUAAGGUCUUUGGGCAUCCUGUAUGUCUGGAAGACUACGACGUCCACGACCUGGAGUCCCUGGUCCGCAGGUUCUGCCACAUUGUAGAGAUCGUGACUGAAGAUGAUGACAAGCGCCUCCGAUCGGUGGAGCGGGAGCACCUGAGCGACCUGACCCAGCGGAUCCUGGUGGUCCUCCUGGAGCAGCCACGAGGUAGUGCAUCGGUGGAGAAGGUGGUGGAGCUUCACAAGAAGCUAUGGGGCGAGGAGCUGGUAGCAACCGAGUAUGGGUACAGCAGCGUGACUCUGCUACUCAAGGCUGUCCAUCAUGUGGUCAUGGUAAAAGACGAGUGGUCCGACGACCCCUGUGCCGAGCUGACCCCUACCUACCAGUUUGCCCGUAGUGCCCGGGAGGUCCUGAUCUCGGUACCAAACCAGACCCUGACCCUUCAGGCCUUCAUGUCUCGCUAUCAAGUCGUCCAUCGCUGUGAGCUCCUACCCCACGACUUUGGCCAGACCACGGUGUCCUCCCUCAUCUCGUCGGUACCGAGGGUGCUGACCCUGGUUGGGCGUGGCGCUCAGAGGGCCAUCACACUCAACCCCUGCUGCAUCGUUUCAAGUGACGGACAAACUUAUCAGGAUCACUCGUUUUCAUCGGAGCACAACAAGACAUCCCCCAGUGAUUACACAGCACCAAGUUCCACAACCAGUGAGAAGGAGAGUGGGAAGACAUCUUCUAGUACUUCUACAUCAGAAUCUGACGGUGUGAAGGGAUCCAGCCCUCGAGCUGAGUCUGCUCCAUGUGAUCUCAUGUCGGGUGGAGCAGCUCCCUCUAGUGACCAAGCUCCCUUCCUGGAGCCAACCCAUCCUGAGGCUCCUCCUCCUCUUCUUCCUCCCAAGGAUCUCAUCAGCUUCAACAGCCCCAUGUUUUCUCCACAUAAAGAAUCCCAGAGUGCAUCGGGUGACCAGGAGAAGAUAGAACACAUCGAUCUGAGGAGCCUCCUCCACCUCCUGCCAAACCAAACCCGCUUCAGCGUCGGCCAGUUGCCCCACGACCUCUGCAACCCUCUACCAGGCCACGCCCUUCAAUCAGGACCGGCCUCCUUACCCCACUCCGCCUCCACCUCGUUCUGUGUGGAUCAGGGUGGGGACGACGGCGAGCUGCUACCCCACCACCUCCAGCAGCGCCAGGCCUGCUCCCUGCCAUCGUCUGCCGCUUCGUCUCCAAGGCGCGACGUCUUGAGAGGGCGCACUCGCUUUCGCCUUGCCGCAAACUUUUCCCUGGGAUUUCAAGAGGUACCAUAAGAAAUUUCAAGAGGUACCAUGAGAAUUUCAAGAGGUACCAUAAGAAUUUCAAGUUGUACCAUAAGAAUUUCAAGAGGUACCAUAAGAAUUUCAAGAGGUACCAUAAGAAUUUCAAGAGGUACCAUAAGAAUUUCAAGAGGUACCAUGAGAAUGUCGAGAGGUACCAUAAGAAUUACAAGAGGUACCAUGAGAAAUUCAAGAGGUAUAAGAAUUUUAAGAGUUACCAUAAGAAUUUAGAAUCGGUAAGAACAUGUGCGUUCUAGGAACACAUGCUUUGCAGUUAACUGUUAUAUGUACAUUUGUUAUGCAUGUGUUGUGGUAAGCAGCCUCUGCCUACCAUUGUAAACAAUUAUUCUCUUAAUAUGAGUUGAGAUUUCGACUCGGUUAUCCAUCCAAUCUUCAGUAUUACAUGCAUUAUGUUUAAUGUGGAUAAUGUUUGCGUCAAGAACCGAUGCUACAGUUAAGAUGCGAUGAUCGUCUGUUGUACAUACAUGUAAGAGUAAGAUGUUUUUAUGAUGUGUACAGUUGUAACCAUGUUGAGAUUCAUUUCAUUCAAGUAUUGCAGUACUUUAAACUCAGGUGCAACAUGUGACAUUACCUUGUGACUAUCAUUAUGUAUGCAUAUUUGUUGUAGCAGGACUACCAUUAAAGUCUUUGUAGAGCAAUAGCCAAAGUUUUUUUUCUUUUCCUGCACAAUCAAAGAAUGUGUAAAGGGUGUAUGUAUGUGUGUAUGUACACUGUAUGUAUGUAUGUACAUGAAUGUGUGUUCAUAAUGUGCAUAGAAAUUUGCAGCUGCUUAUGCUGUAACAGAAAAUGUCAGUGGUAAACUAAAGCUUGAACAUUAUUGUAGCAUGUAGAAAUG